CCUAAAUAAAUAAGGGGAAAUAAAUGCCUUUCAGUACCCGUAUUUAGUGCAGUCCGUAUGGCUUUCCCAUGUUGAAGCCCCACACAAGUUACAACACCUACCCUUGUCAAAGGCUUAGCUUGGCGCGGUGCACUGAACCAACCUUAUUCCAUAACUGCAUGCCACAAUUCACCCCCACCAUCCAUUCCACCCACGGUGAGGGGACAGACAGACAGCAGACAGCAGCAGCAGUACUCGAAUCUGAGCACUUUCAACAGAUAUUCGCCUUGGGUUGUCCAACCGCCGCCAGACGUCACCACCAUAGCCGCACACUGGACAGAAAUCGCUAGAAAGCACAAUGCCGUCCCACCCGCGCGUCGAGGAGGUCGAGGACAGCGAUGUCGACAUGUCGGACCCGUCCGAGGGCGACAUUAACGACUUUGACGAGGCCGACAUUCUGCGCACACGGCAACCCCAGCAGCAGCAGCUCUCGAGACAAGCACCUCCACCUACAGCAGCGGCGCCCACACACCAGCACCAGCACCAGCCCCCCAUACAGCAGCCGCGCGGCUACCCCGAGAUGAUGCCGGCGACGGACGACUCGGCCUACCGCGCCUACCAGUGCCUGUACCCGGUGUACUUCGACGCGCGCCGCAGCCGCGCCGAGGGCCGGCGCGUGCCCAAAUCGCUGGCCGUGCUGAACCCGCUGGCCACGGAGAUCGUCAACGCGUGCGCCGCGCUGCGCCUGCCGACCGUGCUCGAGGCCGGCCGCCUGCACCCCAAGGACUGGGCGAACCCGGGGCGCGUGAAAGUCGCACUCAAGGAGCAGCACGCCGCGCAGCCCGCCGUGAUGAAGGCCCGCGUCAAGAACAAGCACCACCUGUACGUGCUCGUCGCGCAGCACCUGCGCGCCCACCCGACGACAGAUGGCUCCGCUGCGCUGCGCGUCGUCGUCCGCGGCGCUCCCCCGCCCCCGCACGAUGAUGGGAGCGGCGAUGGCAAGUGGCCGCGCCCGGCUGUCCCGCGCGGCUGGAAGAUGAGUGAUUUGCUGCCCUACUACAGCCCGGCCAUGACGGGCGGCGGGGUUAGUGAGAACUUCCUCAAGGACAUGAUGAAGGAGAUGGGCGGUGCCGGCGGGCCCGGGGGAGCCGAUAUGGCGAGCCUAUUGGCGGCGGCGGCUGGUGGGGGUGGUGGUGCGAGUGGGAGCGGGGGCACGAAUAGCAGCAAGAAGGAGAAAAAGGGCAAGGGGAAAUGAACGAUUGCUGCUGACUAGAAGAGAGAAACAACCCCCCCCCCUCCUCCCCCCCCCAA